AUCGCACAGGACGGAAGAGUUUCCAUUUGCCUGCAGACAAUGGCGACAGAAGCUGACUAUCCAUAUCCUCUGCUGAUAGAAGGGGACUGGGGUCCAGACAUCGCCAAACUCUUAAAAACAAAACUUCAAGUUUAUUUCCAAAGUAGAAAGAAAUCUAACGGCGGAGACUGCAUCGUGGAAUACGAAGAUCUCGUAAAAGGGAAGGCAGUGGUCCGGUUCGCCACUGAGGAAACAAGAUGUUGUGUAUUGGAGAAAGAGGCUCAUGAAAUUGACUUGCAAAAGAGGGGCAAAGUUCACUUUACAGUCAGACCUCUACCUCAAGGAGCUGCUGGAACGGACUGGGCAGCAGCAACACAACUGACUCCAGAACAAUAUGACCUGAAUUCUGUAAGAAAACAACGCACAACAGAACAAGAUGCUCAGGCAGCGUUGAACCAACAAACCCAUUCAGUGGCGAGGGGGCUUCAUGAUGAAGGGAGUAAAGCUCCUCAACAAUCCUCAGCUGUAGCACUUAAAAAUCUUCCUAAAAAUAUCCCGUGUGACAUGUUAAAUCUACUGGUCGAAAAUUAUACUGGACUAUCUGAAGAAGAUGAUAAUUUCAGCCUGGAAGUGUUGCGCGAAAUUAAUGUGGCUGUUGUGACUUUCAAAACUGAUGUUGACAUCACUGAAUUCAUCAAAAGGUGUUCCAAAAAGGUUUUGAGUAACCAGCAAAAUAUUGUGGCAGAGCAACUUGAAAUAACAACAAGUGUAAGAGUGGAGAACCUGCCUUCUCAUGUCAGUGAAGAUUUGCUAAAACUGUACUUUGAAAACUCUAGGAAUGGAUGUGGAAAUGUGACUACCACAGAACUAAUACCUGAGGACAACAUAGCUGUUGUUACUUUUGAAAAUCCUGAAGUUCUGAAUACUAUUCUGGCUAAAACACACACUAUUGAUAAAACACCAAUCUACAUCUAUCCAUAUUACAAGUCUUUGGGUUCAGCUUUGUAUGGGAAUAAAAGACCAGUUGUGAAAAUGCCAGAUCCCUUCACCUUCGAUAUUGAUCCCUACAUCCUGAAGAUUCUUAAAAGUGAUAGACAGCGAAUUGCGGAAAUCAAUGACAAAAUGUCAAAGCACCACUGUAACAUUGCUCUGCCAGACUCAGAUUUAUCAAACUCAGUCAAGAUAUUUCCAACUUUUUCAAGACAAGAAAGCUCAUUGGGAAAACUUGUGAAGAAUUGGAAAAAAGUAGCUUUAGGCAAUUUAACUGGUAUCCUAUUAAAGUACAAAACCGUUGAAAAUAACGUGAGUCAACAAAUCUGGGAAAUAAUACGGGGAGAUCUUGAUCAGUAUUUGAACCAAAAUGUUGCUGUUAUACUGGAGAUUUCAAAGGGAAAAGUAAUCGUCACUGGAGAAUCUGGCAGUGUAGAUACUCUGCAACGAGCAUUGAAAUCAGCUAUGGAUCGUGUCAUAGAAAAAUUGGAACAGGAAAAACAAAGUGUGACUGUGACAGUGGCUUGUAAGCCAGCUGAAAAUAAUUUAUUAUUGAGCACUGGCCUUGAAAAGCAUGUUUCCACAUUGUUUCCAAACCUCAGCAUGCAAUUCAACUCAACUACAGGUCAAAUAACACUACACGGUUUGUGUUCAGAUGUUUAUGCUGCCAAAAGUAAUAUAUUGGAAAGAGUUCUUCAAAUGAAACAAAAGCAAAUCAAUAUGAACCCUCAGCUUAUAGGUUUUCUACAAAGAUUAGACCACAAUGAGGUUUCUUGCUGCUUGUUCAUAUCAAAUGGAAUCAAUGCAGUGUAUGACAUUAAGGAUAAUUGUGUUCUGCUGCUAGGAAAUACGGAUAUUUCUUUAACUGCAGCAGAACAGCAGAUCAAAAAACAUCUCAGUUUCAAGUGUAUUGACGUAGAAGAUCUAAAUGUCACCAGAAUGCGUGAGUGGGCACAACUGAAAGAAAAAUUGAACACGAAGCUGAAUUCUCCCAGUGAACAGGUUGAAAUGGAGGAGACACCACUACAUGGGCACAUGCAGAUCAUUAUCGCUGGCUAUUCUAAUGCUGUCAUGGAAGCUUUUGAAAUGCUUUCAGAUUUUGUCAAGAAAAACACAAUCAUUCAAAAACACAUUCUAUUUAAAUCUGGUGGAGUCCUGAAGUUUUUGAUGGAUGUUAAGAAAAUUGAUCUUUUCCAAGCACCACCAAAGGACAUAAAAAUAAAAGUCAAUAAUAUGGCAAAUGGUGUUGUCAUAUCUGGUCCCCAAGAGAAUGUCUAUCAAGUGGAGAAUUUACUUUUAGAUGCAGCUUCCAGAGUAAUUAGUUCAGUCUUGAAAAUGACCAAACCAGGAAUAAACAAGAUUUUCAAAGAAAAGGAAGAUAUGUAUGUUACUACUGUAAUGCAUAAAUUUGAAUGUGUUCUAACAACUAUUAAGCACGGUGUCUUUGGAGACAAUGGUGAAUUGGGGCAGGCUCACUGUAAAGUACAAUUGCCUCUUGGGCCUUUAGUUACUGCUUACAAAGGAGACCUCUGCAAGAUUCAAGUUGAUGUAGUUGUCAAUGCAGCAAAUGAAGAUCUACAGCACAUUGGAGGUCUUGCAGGAGCUCUACUAAAAGCAGCAGGUCCCAUAUUGCAAAAUGAUUGUAAUUGGAUUGUUAACCAUCAAGGAGCUCUUAUGCCUGGUGAUGCAGUUAUUACAGAUGCUGGUAACCUACCAUGUUCCAAAGUGAUUCAUGCAGUUGGUCCAAGAUGGAUGCAAACUAAUGCAGACACGGCUAAGAAAUGCUUAAGAAAGGCCGUGAAGCAAAGCCUAUGUCUUGCUGAAUCCCACAAUUUGAAGACUAUAGCAAUUCCUGCCAUUAGUUCAGGAAUAUUUGGAUUUCCAUUGCCUUUGUGUGCAGAAAUAAUUGUCAGAUCAAUCAGAGAGCACUGUGUUGAUUCACAGGGUGGCAGUGCACUGAAAGAGAUCCAUUUGGUAAACCAUGAUGAGCAAACAGUUCAUGCUGUUUCAGGUGCUGUUCAGAAAAUAUUAGGUGAAUUUUUGCUUCGUACUCCUGUGCAACCAGAAAGGCUUAACAUUGACAGCAGGACGAAAAACACUAGCAUAAGUUGUCUGCAUAAAGCCCAAACAAAAGAAGGUCUAAAUGUCAUUGUUGACAACGGCAAUAUUCAACAUGUAACAGUUGGUGUCAUUGUAAAUGUCAUUGGAAUGGAUUUUGAUCUUACUGGUGGUGCAGUUUCCCAAGCAUUAUUAGAGAAAGCUGGUCCAAAGCUCCAAGCAUUACUGUUGAAUGAAAAGCACAGUAAAAAACAUGCUAUGGGAAGAAUUUAUGAAACAAAAGGAUGCAAUCUUAACUGUGAAGAAGUCUUUCACGUUGUUGCUCCUCCCUGGGAUAAAGGAAAAGGAGGUGCAGAAAAGCUGUUAAGAAAUAUAAUCAAAGACUGUCUGAAGAACACAGAAGCAUUACAGUUGAAUUCUAUUGCUUUCCCAGCAAUUGGAACUGGGAAAUUGGGUUUUCCAAAGGAGCUUGUUGCAACCUUGAUGUUUGAAAAAGUUCUAAAUUUCAGUAGUAAGAGGCAUACACAACAUCUUAAGAAUGUUCACUUUGUGGUGCAUCCUGAUGAUAUUCCAACUUUGCAGGCAAUGUCUCGUGAAUUCGAAAAAACUUUUCUUUCUCAGCCGAAAAGAACCCAUCUUGCUGCGCAGCAGAGACCCACAGGACCUUUAUUUGGAAGAGUUACUUCAGCUGUUGUAGGCCAGGAUGAAAUUCAAGUAGGGCCAAUUUUGCUACAAGUAAUAACAGGAGAUAUAACAAAGGAGACCACUGAUGCCAUUGUCAACUCAACAAAUAAUAAGUUCACUCUAAAAGCAGGUGUUUCCAAGGCAGUUUUAGAUGCUGCUGGUCAAACUGUGGCAGAUAAAUGCGAAGAACUAGGCUUACAGCCAAACAACGGAGUAAUAAUAACAAAUCCAGGAAAUCUACAAUGUCAAAAGAUAAUUCACAUGGUUGGACAAAAAGACCCAAAUCAAAUAAAAGCUUUUGUUGGUAUAAUUCUUCAGAUGUGUGAAGAUCACAAAUUCUCCUCAGUUGCUUUCCCUGCACUUGGAACAGGACAAGGACAAGCAAAUCCUACCCAAGUUGCUGAUGCAAUGAUUGAUUCAGUUGGUGCUUUUGUAAACAGAAAAUCUCCAACUUCUUUGCAGAAGAUUCGUAUUGUCAUUUUUCAACCUCAAAUGUUCAAAGAAUUUCAUAGCAGUCUGCAAAAACACGAAGGAUCCAUUCUUCCAGAAACAGGAUCCCUCUGGAAUAAGGCAAAGAAUGUAGUCACAGAAUUGAUUUUUGGGGACCCAAGUAAAGAGAAGAAACAGCAUGUCACUGAAGGCCAUAUUAUAUUCAAAGAUCAGAUAGAGCCGGUUCUGUUUGAGGUCUGUGGAGACAACAGGCAAACCGUAGAAAAUGCUAAAUCUUGGAUGGAAUGUUUAAUUUUAAUGGAACACGAUGAGAAAAUCAUUAGCACAGACUACUUAAUUCAACUUUCUGCAAAAGAAGAUGAAGAAUUACGCACACUCCAGAGAAAUCUGCAAAUUGCUAUAGAGCUGAAACUUAAACAAUCUGGGAGUCAGAUCAAAGUUUUUGGUGCCGCUAAGGAUGUUUUGACGGCUUAUUCUGUUAUUCAGGAAAUGGUUAACAAUCACAAAGAAAAAGAACACCAAAGAAGAGAUGAGGAACUCUUCAGCAAUAUAGUGGAAUGGCAGUUGGAAUAUGGCACUCAGUUCGUGCCAUUUGACAGUGCUACAAACUUCACACUGGAACAGGCAUUCAGGGAACACAAAACUGAAACUGUGAUUGAAAUGCGGAACAGAAAAUAUGUAGUGAAAGUCAGGAUGGCAACUGCAUCUGACAAUCAGGGAAAUAUAAUUAAAUUAAAAAGGGUUUUAAAAACAGAAGGAUUGCCAGUCCUGGACAUUCCAAACCAUUGGGAUGACAUGCAAAAAUUACAAUACAGAUCUGUGCUGCUCCAACAGCAAUCCCAGGAAUAUCAGGAUGUAGAGGCAUCAAUCAAAAGAUCACUGAAUCAAAUUCACAUUAUGAAGAUUGAAAGAUUGCAAAACCCAUGUCUUUGGAAGAAUUAUAUGAUUAGAAAACAAUUGCUGGAAGAAAAGAAUCCAUCUGGCACUAUUAAUGAAAAGAUCUUAUUUCACGGAACAGCACAGAACACACUCAAUUCAAUCAGCCAUCAUGGAUUUAACCGUAGCUACGCGGGAAGGAAUGCCACAGCAUAUGGGAAUGGCACCUAUUUUGCUGUAGAUGCAAGCUAUUCUGCUGCGGAAACAUAUGCAAGAAUUGAUGCUAAUGGAUUGAAGCACAUGUAUCGUGCUCGAGUGCUUACUGGAGUCUAUUGUCGAGGGAUCGGAGGAAUGGUCACUCCUCCUCCAAAAAAUGCAGCAAAUCCUACAGAUUUGUAUGACAGUGUCGUUGACAACGAGCAGAGACCAUCAAUGUUCAUCAUUUUCAAUGAUAUUCAAGCCUAUCCAGAAUACUUAAUCACCUUUAAAUCACAGCAGUAUUUGGGAUUUUAAUAGCUUAUUAUGUGCUCUGUACAUCUGUGUAACGCAACUAAAAUUGGAAUUCAACUUUCUGCAAUUCUUUCAGUCAACAUAGUAACAUUUCCAUGCAGAAAUCAUAAUUUUUAAUUCAGGGAAAAUCAAUCUGAAAAGCCAUCAAAUGGACUGGUUGGCACUGCCAGCAAACUGUUGUUUAAACAUCAGGCUCUAAUCCCGAUCAGACUCUUUAUUAUCUCUCAGUAUCUGAUAUGAAAUUACCUUUGGCAGUCUCAAACCAGUUCCUAGUAGGCACAGGCCCUCAGAAUAAACUCCUGACAGAUUGAUAAUUAAUAGUAGAUUGGCAUGCAAAGGGUGUAAGGUACUUUUCAUGGUAUGCCAAUUAGAAGAGUUUAUGCUGGUGUAAUCAAGAUGCUUGUCUCAUAACUUGUGCAAUAUUUUCAUUGUUUACCAACUUCUUCUGCAUAGAUUAAUCUCUGUUGACAGCAUUCUUGCCACCACCAGUAGCGAAGUUGGUAAAUAACCACAUGACUUAGCUGUCCUGAAUUUGGAAGUGGAAGACAGAACUAUUUUCUCUGACCCUGUCAUUUAAGAGUGUGAAAUCUGGUAUCAAAUUCCUAAAAAAAAAAAUAAAAAUCCCCUUAUUAUUCUUGAAACCUAAAGUGAAAGUCUUUUGAAAAUUGGAGCUGCAGGUCUCGUUAGCAAAAUUGGGAUCUGCUCCCCUGCAAAUUGCUGUGGAGUUCUCAUGUAUUUCUUAGUGAUUCGUAAAAUACCUUGCAUCCCUGCAUCGAUGUUAGGGCAACACUGAUGAAAACUCUUCACAAUUCCAUCUGUGUAGAUCCUCAAAAGACUGCCUGAAGAGCACUGUAAAGUAAAAAGAAAUAGUUGGGCUCAAAAAAACUGCUGCAUACCUCUAGUUUCUUCAUCCUCUUGUACUGCUCAGCUGCUGCCAUUUUUUCUUGGUCCUGCCUAUUUUUGCUCGGAGCAUCACCAGCUGAAUCCACAACUUUAUUUGGCCACCAGCAGUGGAUGUAUCUGCACCAAAACUUAUGUCUGUGAGGUGCUUGCCAGUUACUGAUCUGCUAGGGCAGAUUCAUGUUCAUUUCUGAUGUUAGAUUCUUCGUCUUGGUUGUCACUAAUCCAAAGAGGAAGUGAAAAUGAGUUAAGAUGGGGUAUGCUGUAAAUGGAUAAACAUUCCAUGAUAAGGCCAAUAGGAUUCCAUGUUGAUUGCUCUAAUUUUAUUUGAACAUGCUCCUAAUCAGAACGCCUAAUGGGGAAGUAAAGAUCAGAAAGACUAGUGGAGAUGAGUGCUGUUGGACUGCACUGGUUUUGGGCUUGACUUUAUGUUCUAGUUUCCCUUUUCUUCUCAGUGUAAAGCUGCAGACUUGGACUUUGGCAUAACAACCAAGAGAGACUCUGACAGUGUCCAAAGAACCAUUUUACAAUGUCAUCUGAGAUUUUCCUUUAUCCAAUUGCUAAUAGAUUUUUAAUAAUUUAGGACACAAAAUAAAAAUUACUGAAUGUUUAUUGUACUAAAUUCUUUAACUGUCACUUAUUUCUUGCCAAUAUUCAAAUAAACCACCGAAAAAAAAAUAUUCUUCUUGUUCACACUUCAUUUUUAUGAUUGUCACUCAAAAUCAAAAUGUAAUUUUGCAUUUUUCUUUAUAUUUAGAAAAGUCUGUAUUUGUUUAAAAGUUCAUGCUAUACUUGUAUGACACAUUUUAAUACAGAUUAAUAAAUCUACCCGAUGUAUCCUAA